UCCCCAGAUGGCGCCGCUGGCGCAACAGAAGUUAUAACUUUUUAUUUUUCAAAAACUUUAAAACAGUAGAAGUUGAUGUAAUGUAACUAGAGACGCGCCAUGCAGCGCUAAUACUUAACUUAAUGUUUUCAUCACUUUAUAAUCAUCAUUUACCAUUUCAUGUAAAUUCAUCUUCAUCUAUUUGUAAUUAAAACCAAUAAAGGUUUAUCAAUCAUCAAAUUGGCGGUCUAAAGGUAAGUGGAACAUUUUCCACAAUUCAUAUUGAAAACAGGAAUUCAUUUUAGAUUGAACAGUUUCUGGCGCCCGAACAGGGACCGCCAUUAAGAGAUUUCUUGUUUAUUUUCGAUUAGAAAUUUAGUUUCAUAGAAUAGUGACUUUAAGUGUAUAAAUAGUUCGCUUAUAAAUUAAGAUGGAGAAAUCCAAACAAAAGCGUACUACGAUAAGGUCAUUAACAACUAAGUUAUUAACCAAAAUCGAAAACAUUUAUCAAGACGAUAAGGUUACAAUAGAUGAAUUGGAUGAGUUAAUGUCUGAAUUAAUAUUAAAACAAGAACAAUUGAAAGAAAUUGAUCUCGAAAUUCAGCAGGGUAUUACGGAUGUAAAUGAAAUCGAUACAGAAAUUAUAAAGUGUGAUGAAUAUUUGACAAAUAUUGUACGAAGUAAAAGCAGAUUAAACAGAAAAAUAGAAAAACUGUCGGUAGUGUCUCCUGAGUUAAAUUCGAACAUUUCUGAACCGAAGAUAAACACUAAUAUAAGAAUAAAUGAAACUUCUUCUGUGAAACUGCCUCUUUUAACUAUAGAGAAAUUUUCUGGCGAUCCUGCAGACUGGCAAAGAUUUUACGAUCAGUUCGAAUCUGCCAUAGAUAAAAACACUGGUUUGUCGAAUGUUGAAAAGUUUAAUUACUUGAAAACAUAUUUAGUGGGAUCGGCUUCAGAUGCGAUUAAAGGAUUCAGUUUAACAAAUAAUAAUUAUGUAUCAGCAAUUGAAACAUUAAAAGAACGCUUUGGCAAGAAAACGUUGAUAAUUAACUCUCAUUUGAAUAAAUUGUUGAGUUUAACCCCAGUAGAAAAAUCAACAGAUAUUUUUUCAUUAAGAAAACUUUUUGAUUCUUGUCAAACUGAAAUAAGGAAUUUAGAAUCUUUGGGAAUUAAUCAGGAAAAUUACGGGGCUUUACUCUGUCCUAUACUUAUUAAAUUACUUCCCUCAGAUAUAGUGUUAGAAAUAACCAAAAAAUAUAGCAAUGAUGAUGAGUGGAAAGUAUCAGAGAUCCUCGAUAUUUUAAAAACAGAAGUAAUUAGCCGAGAAAAAGCCACGGCCUUGAGUUCGUCUAUAACACGAGUUUCAGAAUGUUCCCCCUUCCCCUCCUCAAAGCGUAGCAGUGGAGGCGAGAAUUCGAAUAAACAAAAUAAGAAUCGCAUAUCAACGGCGUCAGGUUUAUUGAAUGAAUCGAGUAAUAAGAAAAAUAAAUGUAUUUCUUGCGGUAACGAUAGACAUAAUUUAUGGGAUUGUAAUGAAUUUAAAAUGAAAGAAAUGAAUGAGAAAAGGGAUAUUUUAAAGAGAAGCGGUUGUUGCUUUAUUUGUUUUCGCUUUGGCCAUACGGCUAAAAAAUGCAGGAGUUUUGUAAAAUGCGAUAUUUGUUUUAGACGUCAUUAUACAUUUAUGUGUCCGGAAAAGAAAACAGAUAGUAAAGUGGAAAGUACGGUUUUAUCGAAUGAAACUUGUAAUCCGGAAGUAUUAAUGCAAACGUUAACAAUUCGCUUAAUAAACGGAAAAAAAGAAAUAGUUAUACGCGGAUUGAUAGACACGGGGUCCCAAAAGUCGUAUCUUUUAAAAGAAACAAUAAAUAAAAUAGGUUACAAACCAAUAGGGCAAGAAAACUUAAAUCAUAGUCUUUUCGGUGGAUUACAAAGAACUAAUCAGCAUAAUAAAUACAGAAUUUUUUUGAGCGAUUUAAAUCGGGAUUAUUUUUGUAACUUUGAAGUUUAUGAUCAGGAAAAAAUUUGUACAGAAAUUCCUAAAAUAAGAGACGGCUCGUGGAUAAAAGAAGCGAAUAAGUUAGGAAUUAAAUUUUGCGAUUAUAAAAACAUGGAAGGGUCGAAUUCAGAAACUAAAGAAAUUGAUUUACUUAUCGGAGCCGACGUUUGCGGUAAACUUUUCACAGGUAUUAUUAAAUCGGUUUCAGAAAAUUUAAUUGCAUUCGAAACGCGAUUAGGUUGGACACUUAUGGGUAAAACUCGUGAUCCUGAAAACAGUAAUAGUACCAACACAGUUUUGUCCCUUCAUGUGGCUCAGGCUAAAAUUUCGGAUCUCUGGAAACUAGAUACGUUAGGAAUAUUAGACCCAGGUGAAAAAGAAUCAAGAGAAGAAAUUGCAAAAGCUACCGAAGACCAUUUUAAUCGCAACAUUAAGGUACUUGAAGAUGGGAGAUAUGAAGUGAGCCUUCCAUGGAUCUUAAAUCACCCUACUUUGCCUAAUUAUAGAAGUGUUGCUGAAAGAAGAUUGAAGAACUGCGUUGAGUCCUUAAAGAAAUCAGAAAUAUUAGAAGAUUAUGAAGCGGUAUUUAAAGAAUGGUUGCAAGAGGGAAUUAUCGAAGAGGUUGACCCAGACGAUACAGCCACCAAUGAACAUUUUUUGCCCCACCGAGCAGUGAUAAAAGAAAAUUCUACUACCAAGAUCAGACCCGUUUUUGAUGGUUCGACCAAAAUAAAAAAUUUCCCCUCUAUCAAUAAUUGUCUUGAAAAAGGACCUAAUCUUGUGGAGCUCAUUCCUUCAGUGAUCAACAGAUUUAGAUUAAAUAAGAUUGGAGUCAUUGCAGAUAUUCGAAAAGCUUUCUUACAGAUCCAACUGAGUGAAGCUGAUAGACCUUUCCUAAGAUUUCUAUGGUGUGAAAAUGGAGACCUUUCGAAGAUCAAAAUUUACCAACAUAGAAGAGUGGUGUUUGGCUUGACUUGCAGUCCAUAUUUGUUAGGAGCCACUCUACGGUACCAUUUGAAGAAAGCGCCAGAAUCAAUGCUGGAAACUGCAGUUAAAUUAGAAGAAUCAUUUUAUGUAGAUAAUUGCUUAACCAGUGUUGAAGAUAGAGAACAUUUGCACAAAUUUAUGACUGAAUCGCAGUAUAUAUUGAAGAGAGCUCAAUUCGAUCUAAGAGGGUGGGAGCAUAGUAUCCUAAAUUCACAAGAAGUAGCCAUCCCUAAAGAAGAAAGAAAAGUACCAGUUUUGGGACUGAUUUGGAAGUUAAGUACUGAUUCAUUGACUUUGGACUUAAAGGAAACAUCGCAGGCCUCUGAGACUUUAACCAAAAGAAAAAUUCUGUCUGAAGUUCACAAAGUAUUCGACCCAAUUGGUUACACGUGUCCAGUAACAUUAAGACCGAAGAUCAUGCUUCAGGAGUGCUGGAAGCUAAAAUGCACUUGGGAUGCAGAAUUACCAUCUUCUAUUAGAAAAACGUUUGAAAAAUGGCAAAAACAACUAAGUCAAUUGAAAGAUAUAACCAUUCCGAGGUGUCUCUUGGACAAGCCUGAAGGUUCGAGAAAUUUAAGUUUACAUAUUUUUUGUGAUGCGAGCAAGGUAGCUUAUGCUACAUGCAUAUUCCUGAGAAGCCAAAACGAAGACUCGACAUCAUGUCAGCUCAUUCAAGCUCGAUCUCGAGUAGCUCCUCUAAAACCCGUCACAAUACCCAGACUUGAACUUUUAUCCUGUACAAUUGGAGCUAGACUGGCACAUGGAGUUAAAUCAGACUUAAGACUUGAAAAUAUUCCAACAUUUUUCUGGUCAGAUUCAGUAAAUGCCCUCUUUUGGAUAAAAAGGAAUGAAAAUUGGGCCCCUUUUGUUUACAACAGAGUCCAAGAAAUCAGAUCUCUCAGUUUGCCAGAAGAAUGGAAUUAUGUUCCCGGAACUCUUAAUCCAGCUGAUCUUCCCUCACGAGGAUGUUCUGCAGAGCAUCUUAAGCAAUCUAAAUGGUGGGAGGGCCCUAUGUGGCUGAAAGAUCCACCACAGCUCUGGCCAAAAGAUAUUAUCGAUCCAGAUUUGGACAUUAUCAACGCUGAAAGAAGAAAAACGGUAGUGACUUCAACAAAUUUAUUCAAAGGACAAAUUCCGUUAUAUGAUACUUUAACAUCAUAUCGAAAAAUGAUAAGAGUAACUGCUUGGAUUUACAGAUUUUAUCGAAACAUCAAGAGUGCUGCGGAUGAACGAAACCUCGAAAAACAGCUGACUAUUGAAGAAAUGAAAGACGCUGAAAUGGUUAUUAUGAAGUACGUGCAGAACAGAUGCCUAGCAGAAGAAACCAAGCCUUGCUAUACUUCUUUACAAACUAUAACGGAUGAUGAAGGCCUUAUACGAGUCAGAACAAGAAUAGCCAUGAGGCAGGAUUUGAGAACAUUUAAGUAUCCUAUUGUUCUACCAUCUGACCAUAAUGUCACUCACUGUCUUAUACUUGAUAAACACAAGGAACUAAAUCAUGCCGGAACUCAAAUUGUAACGUCAGUUCUAAGAGAACAACACUGGAUCCUCAGAUGCAGAAAAACUGUUCAACGAGUGAUUAAAAAAUGUGUCAAUUGGCUUUUCAGCAAAAUAGAAGCUCUUUACCCCGGCAAAGGGAUUAUGGAUACAAUAAAAAUUGUUAGAUAA